AGGUUAAAAUAAUAGCAAUCCAAUGAUAUCUGUACAUCAAACAGUCCUGGUUUUUUUUACAAUCUUUUAAAAAAAUAAAAACUUUUGUUUUCAUGCAAAAAAAAGUUCAUUCAGCAGUCUAUUUUUAACCUAUUAGACUUAAACCUUCUGUUUCAUUUCUCCUUUUACUUUCCCGUUUUUCCCCUCCCCUUUCUUGUCCUUCUCCCCUUCCUCUUCCUCUUCCUCCCUCUCCUCCUCUUCCUCUUCUCCAGGUCCCAUGGUCCACUGUAUAGCUCAGGAUAAACUCAAACUAGCAAUCCUCUUGCUUCACCUCCAGACUGCUGGAAUCACAGACAUGCACCACCAUGCCUGGCUGUUAUAUUUCAUUUUUAAAUUUUAAAUUUUAAGGGCAUUUAAAAUUAAUUUAUAAAUGACAAUCAUAUAGUGUAUAUCUAAAGGAUAAUUGCCAAAAUGAGGAUUUUUUUAGGGGGGUUAAAAAGAACAAGUACAUGCAUAUGUGUAGCUAUGACUCAGCCAAGUUUGUUGCAGAGAACAGAAGCCAUGGUAGCCACUUUAAGCAGGAUGGUACUUACCACAGGGUAUUAGUGGUAUACAGAAUGAUGAGGGAAGGAAAGGGUUGUCGAAACAGACUUUAGGUUCAUGGAUGAACUUUUAAAAACAUCUCCCAGGUCUGCACCACAGAACUGGCGAUUAAGUAAACCUCUGCUUUCUCUGUGGAUCAGGAGACUAUUGUAGGGGUGACCAACUGCACGUUACAUUAUAGGCCAAGUAUGGCUGUCUCCUGUUUAUGUAUGUCCCAUGAACUAUGAUUAGCUUUUGCAUUUUUGAAUAUUUGGAAAAUAUCAAAGAAGAGCAGUGUUUUGUUACAUUUAAAAAUCAAAUACAGUGUCUAUACAUAAUGUUUUACUGGAACACAGUCAAAGUUACUCAUUUGUUUAUUGUGUAUGGUUACUUUCACAUAGCAAUGACAUUGUCAUUGUUAAGAAGUUGCAAUAGAAACCACAUCACAAAGUAUUAACUAUCUUGCCCUUAGCAGAAAAACUUUGCCAGCCUUGCUGUAGAUCAUGUACUCUGUGCCACUUCAGGAAGCUACCCAUCGUGCUGCUUGCCCUGCUGCCAUCCUACAAGUGUGACCACACAGGUAGAUGUAGCAUAUCCUGCCAUGCAGCAACUCUCAGUAGUUCCUGGAUAUUAGGAGCUCUGUGCAAUCCUUCAAUUGAAAAAUGUAUAUGUUACAUAUACAUUUUAUAUGGGGAAGUUGAUUUCUGCCUCCCUUCUGCCUUUCAAAGCUUAGGCAAGUACGUUUGAUGAGUGAAUCUAAAUUGCAAGAAGAACGUAUGUGUGUGAAUCUGGAAAGCUUGCUGUUUUGCCUUAUAGCAUCUGUAAUAUAUGAAAACAUAUUAUAGAAGCAGGGUGGAAUGGAUGUUGGGCCCUAAUCUCCACCACAUUUAUCAUACUUUAACUAUAAGAAUUUGAAACAUGGUCUCUUUGCUUAUACAAUGUUUAACUUUUCCAGAUGUGGUGACUCAAGCCUGUGAUCACAGCUUCGCAGAACACUGAGACAGGAGGAUCACACCUUCAUGACCAACCUAUGCAGCUUAGUUAGACUCUGUCACAAAGUAAAGUAAAACAGAAUCAGCAGUGUCUGUCACCAAGCAGCCAAGAUGAACAUGGUGAAGAGGAUAAUGGGGCGGCCGAGGCAGGAGGAGUGCAGUCCACAGGACAAUGCCUUGGGGCUGAUGCACCUCCGCCGCCUUUUCACUGAGUUGUGCCAUCCUCCCCGGCACAUGACGCAGAAGGAGCAAGAGGAGAAGCUGUACAUGAUGCUGCCAGUGUUCAACAGGGUUUUUGGAAAUGCUCCUCCGAAUACAAUGACAGAAAAAUUUUCUGAUCUUCUGCAGUUCACAACACAAGUCUCACGACUAAUGGUGACAGAAAUUCGAAGGAGAGCAUCAAACAAAUCUACAGAAAAACAGUGUGCCCUGCUGUCCUCCAAGGAUUUCAAAGCCACAACACCUUCAGAGGCUGCCAGUCGGGCCAUAGUUCAGUUCCUGGAGAUUAAUCAGAGUGAAGAAGCCAGCAGAGGCUGGAUGCUUCUGACAACAAUUAACUUGUUGGCAUCCUCUGGUCAGAAAACCGUGGACUGCAUGACAACGAUGUCAGUGCCUUCCACCCUGGUAAAAUGUCUGUAUCUGUUUUUUGACCUUCCACAUGUGCCUGAGGCAGUUGGAGGUGCACAGAACGAGCUACCUCUAGCAGAGCGUCGAGGACUUCUCCAGAAAGUUUUUGUACAGAUCUUAGUAAAGCUCUGCAGUUUUGUUUCUCCGGCAGAGGAGCUGGCUCAGAAAGAUGAUCUCCAGCUUUUAUUCAGUGCAAUAACCUCUUGGUGCCCUCCCUAUAACCUGCCUUGGAGGAAGAGUGCCGGAGAAGUCCUGAUGACCAUAUCUCGUCACGGUCUUAGUGUCAAUGUAGUGAAGUAUAUUCAUGAAAAAGAAUGUUUAUCUACCUGUGUUCAGAAUAUGCAGCAAUCAGAUGACCUGUCUCCCCUGGAAAUUGUUGAAAUGUUUGCUGGGCUUUCUUGUUUCCUCAAAGACUCCAGUGAUGUUUCCCAAACACUUUUGGAUGAUUUUCGGAUAUGGCAAGGAUACAAUUUUCUUUGUGAUCUUUUGCUUAGAUUGGAACAAGCAAAAGAGGCAGAGUCCAAAGAUGCCUUGAAAGAUCUGGUCAACCUGAUAACGUCCCUGACGACGUAUGGUGUCAGUGAUCUCAAGCCAGCUGGCCUUACCACAGGGGCACCCUUUCUGCUGCCCGGGUUUGCAGUGCCUCAGCCUGCGGGUAAAGGUGAGUCCAACCAAUCCCAUCUGAGCCUCCCAGAGCAGACAACCAAUGAAUUUGCUUUUGGUCAAUCUUUGUUUAUGUUACUGCUAUAA